UUAUUAGGGGCAAUGAUCUUCGGGACUCAUGCCGGAUCGCCAUAUUUAUAGGUGGCAACCUGCAGUGGAACGCAAGCGCAGCCUUUCUUGCUUGGGAGGGGAGGAUUAAUACAAGCGAAAUGUUUGUUAUUGUUUUUCUGGACUUCUUUCUCAGACUGUGAGACGCGGCGUGUAUUUCCUCGGAAGGACUUUUGACGGUGGCGGAGUACUGGUUUCAGGCAGUAUAAUUGCUGCAGUUACACGAGAAAUGCUGAAAACGCGUUCAGAGCUUCAUGUUCAAAAACAAAGUUGCUGGAAAAGCUCAGAUAUUAAUUAAAAAUAAUUUGCAGACCAGGAUCACAAAGCAAGUUCUCCAUUAAGCGGAGUGAUCAGGAUGACCUUUCGUGAUCUAAUCCAGUAACAGUGUGAGCUGCUACAAUGCACGUGCUAGUAAAAGCAUAAGAGGACAGAUGAGAUGACUGCUUGGCUGGAGCUAUAACUUGAUGCCUCAGGAAUCUAAACCUUUUGAGACUGUUUGUUUGUUUCUGGGGAAGGUGGGACAUGCACAAGCUUGAACAAUUGUCCUGGGCAGAGCUGGGACAGAUAUUCCUGAUGCUUUUGCUAGUUCCACUGGUGAGGAUUUAAACUCGUAUGACAGGGGAAUGGGAACCAAAGUAUAGCUUUAGCAGUAAAAGACUCAGAUCAGCAAAUGGGACGUGAAAUUAGUUCAUGAUGUUGUCGGUGACUGAAAGAUUAAAAGAAAGAAGGAUUAAUCAAGAUCAAAUCUCUUUUCAUACAUCAGUCCUGUGAUCCCAGGAAUUGGUCUGGUGAACCUUCUUUAUGAUCAUUCAGUAGCCAGGGCAUCCUUCCUUUGGAAAGGAGAACAAAGGUGCACACUACUCCAGGUGUGGUCUCACCAAGGCCCUAAUAGAAAGACAUCCCUCUUCCUGUACUCGAAUCCUGUCACAAUGAAGGCCAAAAUAUCAUUUGCAUUCUUCACUACUUGCUGCUGCCUGUUUCCUAAAAGAGAAUAGGAGAGAAACACGGAACUAAAUGGGGUCAGACACUAGGGUAAAAUUGAUGAACACACUGUCCCCAUUGUAUCGGUGCUGGCCAUCAAGCACCUAUUUAAGCUAGGCCCGUUUUCUGGCACUCGCUGUGUAACCUACAUUAUGGUGCAAUGGAUGAUCAUCUCAACACUUCUUCAAGAUUGCACUGGUUCCUGUAUCUAUUUCAGAUGCUGCCAGAUCUGCUGUGUAUCUCCAUCUUUUUCUGUUUUUAUUUCAGAUUUCGGGUACUUUGCUGUGUCUUAGUCCUUCAGAAGGAUCAGAGGGUAUGGGGACAAAACAGGAAUUGGAUUCAUUUUCAGAUGUAUAAAAUGCCUGUCCUGCAUGUCUGUCCAAACUCUAUCUCUUUUUGUAGUUUUGGGCAAAUGCUGACUUCCCUGAAGGACAUUUAAUGAACCAGUUCAGUUUUACUGACAAUCCGCAGUGCCCCUCAGUGUUGGAUCCACAAUUGACCAGAUUAAUUUGAGUUUCACAAUCUUUGUGUGUGUUGUUCUGGUUUCUCUCUGUCUACUUUACAUUUUUUUCAGUUUGAAAUUUUGAUUGCAUUCAGAGAAAUCAAACAAAACCACAUCCAGAUCUGACACUCAAUCUGUUUGUCAUAACCUAAUUAGCUCAGGAUUUUGAACAUUGAAGGAAGAAGCACUGUUCACACCAGGGAGAAAUGCGUAUUGUCUGUGUGUCGAAGAGUCUGUGAAGAUACAUCUGAAAUGUCCAAACACCAGCGCAGUCACACUGGGGAGAGACUGUGGAAAUGUGGGGAUUGUGGGAAGGGAUUUAUUUACCCAUCCCAGCUGGAAAUGCACCAACGCAGUCACACUGAGGAGAAACCAUUCAUUUGCUCUGAUUGUGGGCUGGGAUUCACUCAGUCAAACAACCUGCUGAAACACCAACGAGUUCACAGUGGGGAGAGACCGUUUGCCUGCUCUGUGUGUGGGAAAGGAUUUGCGCAGACAUCUCACUUGCUGAAACACCAACAAAUUCACACAGGAGAGAGGCCAUUCACUUCCUCUGUAUGUGGGAAAGAAUUUGCUUUGUCAUCCAGCCUGUUGAUACAUCAGCGAAUUCACAAUGGGGAUAGACUGUUCACCUGCUCUAUUUGUGGGAAAGGAUUCGUUUCGUCAACCAACCUGCUGAGACACCAGCAAGUUCACACCGGAGAGAAAUCAUUCACCUGUUCUGUGUGUGGGAAAGGAUUCACUCAGUCAUCCUCUCUGCUGGAACACCAGCAAGUUCACACUGGGAAAAGACCAUUCAUCUGUUCUGAAUGUGGGAAAGAAUUUACUCGCAAUUCCAAACUAUUGGUACAUCAGCGAGUUCACACUGGAGAGAAACCUUUCACCUGUUCUCAGUGUGGGAAGGGAUUUACUCACUCAUCCAACCUGCUGACACAUCAGCGACUUCAUACUGGAGAGAGACCAUUCACCUGUUCGGAGUGUGGAAAAGCAUUCACUCAGACAGUUCACCAGCUGAUACAUCAGCGAAUUCACACUGGAGAGAAACUGUUCACAUGUUCUGAGUGUGGGAAGGGAUUUGCUCACUCAACCAACCCGCUGAGACACCAGCGAGUUCACUCUGUGGCCAGACCAUUCACUUGUUCUAUGUGUGGAAAGGGAUUCACUCAAUCAUCCAAACUGCUAACACACCAGCAAGUUCACCACAAACACAUUUGAAGGAUUUUGCUCUUAAAUCAAGGAAUGAACUUUGAUCUUUGGGCUGUUUUGUACUGGUGUCAUUCGUCCCUGCUCAAAACUUGAUCUUCUCUUGGGAAAUAAGGUAGGGCAGGUGACUGAGGGGUCAGUGGGAGAAAUAUUUUGGGGCCUAUGAUCAUAGUUGUAUUAGUUUUAAAAUAGUUACGGAGAAGGAUAGACUUGGUCUAAAAGUUAAAGUUUUAAAUGGGACUAAGGCCAAUUUUGACACUAUUAUGCCCCUUAAAAGCACAGUAAGACUGCCUAUGUAUGGGAAUGUGCAAGAUGGGUGAGGUGCAAAACAAGUAUUUUACAUCAGUAUUUACUGUGGAAAGGGAUAUGAAAGCUAGAGAACUUAGAAAUGAAUGUGUAUCUUGAAAAGUUCCAUAUUAUAGAGGAGAUGGUGCUGGAUGCCUUACAGAGCAUAAAGGUGGAUAAAUCCCCAGGAUCUCUUCAGGUGUACUCUCGAACUUUGCGGGAAGCUAGGCUUGCGAUUGGGCCCCUUGCUCAGAUAUUUGCACCAUUGACAGUUAUGGGUGAGCUGUUAGACUGGAGGUUGCCUCAUGUGGUGCCAUUGUUUAAGAAAGGUGGUAACAUAAAACCAGGGAACAAUAAACUCUUGGUGAGCCUGACGUCAGUUGUGGGUAAGUUAUUGGAGGGAAUUCUGAGUGAUAGGAUUUACAUGUAUUUGGAAAGCGUGGACUGAAUGGGGAUAGUCAGCAUGGCUUUGUCCGUAGGAAAUUAUGUCUUACUAACUUGAUUGUAACUUCUUCAAAAAAAAAUUCAAAGAAGAUUGAUGGCAGAACGGUGGAUGUUUUCGAUAUGGAUUUCAGUAAGUAAAAUUCCGCAUGGUACCCGAUUAACAAGGUUAGAUCACAUGGAAUCCAGGGAGAGCUGGCCAUUUGGAAAGGCCUUUGGCCUGCAGUAUGCUGCAAGGAUUGGUACUUAGUAACUAUAACUCCUACAUUCACAUCCAAAUCAUCUUUAUAAAUGGCAGAAAGGAGUGGACCCAGCUCUGAUCCUAGCGGCACACCACUGGUCACACGCCUCCAGUCUACAAAGCAACCCUCCACCAGCACUCUGUCUUCUACCUUCAAGUCAGAUCUGUAUCCAAAUGACUGGUUCUCUCUGUAUUCCAUGUGAUCUAACCUUGCUAAUCAGUCAUGAGGAACCUUGUCAACUGCCUUACUGACAUCCAUAUAGAACGCAUCCACUGCUUUGCCCUAAUCAAUCCUCUUUGUUCCUUCUUCAAAAAAAAAUCAAGUUAGUGAGACAUGAUUUCCUACACACACAGCCAUGUUGACUAUCCCUAAUCAGUCCUUCCCUUUCCAAAUAUUUCAAGUACUAUCCCUCAGGAUUCCCUCCAACGACUUGCCCACCACUAAUAUCAGGCUCACUGGCCUAUAGUUCCCUGGCUUUUCCUUACCACCUUUCUUAAAUAGUGGCACCACAUUAGCCAACUUCUGGUCCCUCACCUGUGGCUAUCGAUGAUACAAAUAUCUCAGCAAGAGGCCCAGCAAUCUCUUGCCCAGCUUUCCUCCAAGUUCUCGGAUACGCCUGAUCAGGUCCCAGGAAUUUAUCCACUUUUAUGCGUGGUAAGCUGUUCAGCAUCACUGCCUCUGAAAUAUGGUUAAUUUUCAAGAUGUUGCUAUUUAUUUCCCCUCAGUCUAUAUCUUCCAUAUCCUUUUCUUUAGUAAAUACUGAUGCAUAAUACUUGUUUUAUUAUAUUCCCCAUUUUUUGCAAUUCCACACAUAGGCGGCAUUGCUGCUUUUUAAGGGGCCCUAUUCUCUCCCUAGUUAUCCUUUUGUUCUUAAUAUAUUUGUAGAAUCCCUCUGGAUUUUCCUUAAUGCUAUUUGCCUAAGCUACCUCAUGUCCCCUUUUUGCCCUCCUAAAUUCCCUCUUAAUUAUACCAUUAGUGAAUCCUUAUAAGAGUAUAAUGACAAUCUCUGCUGUCUAUACCUGACAUGUCCUUCCUUUUUCUUGACCAAAACCUUGAUUUCUCUAGUCAUCCAGAAUUCCCUACACCUACCAGCCUUGUCCUUCACCCAAACAGGAAUAUACUGUCCCUGAACUCUCAUUAUCUUAUUUUUUUAAGGCUUCCCACUUCCGAACCUUUCCGUUUUACCUGCAAAUAUCGGCCCCAAUCAACUUUUGAAAGCUGUUGUGUAAUACCAUUAAAAUUGGCCUUCCUCCAAUAUAGAACUUUAACUUUCAGACCUGGUCUACACUUUUCCAUCACUAUUUUAAAACUAAUAGAAUUAUGGUCACUGGCCCCAAAGCCCUCCCACUGAUACCCUAGUCACCUGUCCUGCUUUAUUUGCCAAGUUUUGCACUUUCUCUAGUCGGUACAUCACAUACUGAAUCAGAACAUUUUCCUGCACACUCUCAGCAAAUUCCUCUCCAUUCAAACCUUUUACACCAUGGAAUUCCCAGUCUGUGUUUGGAAAGUUAAAAUCCAUUCCAUAACCACCCUCUUAUUCUUACAGAUAACUGAGAUCUUCUUUCAAAAUUGUUUGUCACAUUCCUGCUGACUAUUGGGAGGCCUAUAGUAUAAUCCCAACAAGGUGAUCAUCCCUUUCUUAUUUUCAGUUCCACCCAAAUAACUUCCCUGGAUGUGUUCUCAGAUGUAUCCUGCCUAAGUAAAGCCAUAAUGUUACCCUUGCUGAAAAAUGCCACUUUUCACUCCUCUCUUGCUUUGCUUCCCCUCCCGCUUUUGACUUUCUAUCGUUUCUAUAGGAUCUAUAUCUCAGAACAUUAAGCUGGCAGCCCUGUCCAUCCUUGAGCCUUGUCUCUGUAAUUGCAAUGAUAACUCAGUUCCAUGUUUCCAACCUUGCCCUGAGUUCAUCUGCCUGAGCUGUUAGGCCUCUGGCAUUGAAAUAAAUGGUGUUUAAUUUAUUAGUCCUUUUACAUUAAUCUUAAUAACAAUUAUGUAACUGUAGGGUAGGUUUUGAAAAUGAUGACGUUUUAUUGCUGUAUAUCAACACAUUCACACUGGGUAAAGACAAUCCACCUGCACACUGUGAAAAGGGAUUUCCUAGUUCAUUAGGACUGGUUUUCAUAGAAUUCAGAGUAUUCCUACAGUAUGGAAACAGGCCGUUUGGCCCAAGAAUUCCACAGAAAACCUCAGAGCAUCCCACCCAGACACAUCUCCCCGUAGCCCACCUAAUCUACACAUCCCUGAACACUAUGGGCAAUUUAGCUUGGCCAAUCCACCUAACCAACACAUGGGAGGAAACCAGAGCACCCAGAGGAAACCCACGCAGCCACAGGGAGAACAUGCCAACUCCACACACUCAGUUGCCCAAGGGUGGAAUCAAAUCUGUGUCCCUGGCAUUGUGAGGCAGCAGUGCUAACCGCUGAGCCACUGUGGAUAACCACCAAUGAGUUCCCAAGAACCUGUAGGAAUUUUUGUUGUUGCUCGUAUUAUCUGUAUCCAAGUCAUGUUAUCUGGGCUUGUUUCUCAUGAUGUUUGAAAACACCACGUGUCUGG